CUCGAAUAUGUAAGGUCUAGAUGUGGAUUUCCUAAGUGUUCUGUUUGUUUUCUUCCUUUCUGGCAUCUGAAGUGAUGGAGGUACGCAUGAAGAGGAUUCUGCGAGAAAUUUUUGUUUUCCUGCAGCUUACAGCUUGUGUGGCAGGCAUCACUGGGCGAUGCAGUCUUUUCGGACGACAUCAUAUUCACACCUUUGAUGGGGUUAUAUACGAGUUUCCUGGAGACUGCAGCUACCUUCUGGCUGGGGACUGUAACCAUCAAUCCUUCACAUUGCUGGGUGACUUUCAAAAUGGCAAAAGAACAGGGAUCACAUUGUUUCUGGCUGAUGUGUUCGAGUUGCACCUGUCUGUAGAUGGACAGCUUUCAGAAGGGGGAAAAAGAUCUUCCCUUCCGUACGCGUCUCAUACUGUGUUUGCCGGUUCAGAGCUUGGGUUUUUUAAACUCUGGAGUGUAGAGUUUGGCUUCUCUGUCACCAUUGAUAAUGCUGCCAACAUUGCCCUGACUCUGACCAAACGCCACUCCAAUCGCACCUGCGGCCUCUGCGGCAACUUCAAUGCAGUCCCAGCUGACGAAUAUACUGCUCAGGAAGGAUUCCUAACAGAGGACAGUUAUGAUUUUGCAAACUCCUGGGCUGUGAAGGGAGCUGACCAGGCUUGUCGACGUGUCUCAGAUCCCACCCAAUCCUGUAACAGCACAAAAGAGACCGAAGCGGUUUUGUCCAGCUGCAGCAUGCUGCAGAGCUCUAGUGUGUUUCUUCACUGCUCCCACCUGAUUUCUCCCGAUGCGUUCCUGUCACUGUGUCAGGCGGAGGCCUGUCACUGUGACCAGAAAAAUGCAGAAGACUGCUCCUGUCCUUUUCUGCUGGAGUAUGCUCGCACAUGCCGUGCUCAUGAGAUACUUCUGCAUGGCUGGGUGGAGGAGAGCCAGUGCUUUCCCAAGUGUCCAAUUGGCAUGCAGUACAGUGAAUGCACCAAGCCAUGUUCUACAACCUGCCAUAGUCUAAACAUACAGGAGGUCUGUAAGGAGGAAUGUGUGGAUGGCUGCACAUGCCCCACUGGAAAGGUUUUGGAUGGGAAUCGCUGUGUGGAGGUAUCUCAGUGUUCCUGCACACACAUGGGACGACAUUUCCCUCCAGGAUCCACCAUCUCUCAGGACUGUAAUACAUGUGUGUGUCGCCACGGGUCCUGGGAAUGCACCAAUGAAGGCUGCCCUGGUGAGUGCUUAGUUGUUGGCCAGUCUCACUUCAAGACUUUUGACAACAACUUUUUCACCUUCACUGGCCACUGUCAGUAUCUCUUGGCGAAGGACUGCACAAAUAACGAGUUUUCUGUCAUAAUUGAGAACGUACAGUGUGCAGACAAUCAGGAUGCUGUGUGCACACGCUCAGUGACAUUCAGUCUGCCCUCUCUGGAGAACAUGACAGUGAAGCUGAAGCAUGGAGGAGUUGUGUCUGUCAACAAUAUGGACAUCCAGACUCCAAUGAAUCACGGCCAGCUGCAUAUUGCGAGAUCAGCUCAGUCUUCUGUUUGGGUAAAGUUCGGUGUUGACCUCCGUCUGGACUGGGACGGUCAGGGUCGCGUUCUUCUAAAGCUGGGACCACGAUGGGCUGGGCAGACCUGUGGUCUCUGUGGGAACUACAAUGGGAAUCAAGGUGAUGACUUCUUGUCUAGUUCUGGGCUUGUCGAAGCGAGUUCCCAGGCUUUUGGGCAGGCCUGGAGGAUCAACGGAGAUUGUGAAUCCACUCACAAGCAUGACACUGAUCCAUGUGCAACAAAUCCCAAAAGAGUGCGUUUCGCAGAAGAGAAGUGUGCGGUGAUCAUGUCAGACGUGUUCGUCCCGUGCCAUUUUCUGGUGAAUCCCGCUCCGUUCCAGCGGUUUUGUCGGUAUGAUGUGUGUGCUUGUGGAAACGGCGAGGAAUGCCUUUGCUCAGCUCUGUCUGCUUAUGCAGCUGCCUGCUCUGCAAGAGGAGUGCUGCUCAACUGGAGAUCCCCUUCACUCUGUGAGAUGGAGUGCCGUGGAGGCCAGGUAUAUGAGGCCUGUGGGAGUACAUGUGAGCGAACUUGCCGCUCUCUCUCUGGUGCUGAGCCUGGUUGUGAGGGGGAGAGGGUGUGUGAGGAGGGAUGUUUCUGUCCUGCCGGGAAGUACCUGAGCACCUCUGGAGAAUGUGUGACUGCUGACAUAUGCUCCUGCCUGCACGAUGGACAGCUGUAUCAGCCUAGUGACGUCUAUGCAGAUCACAACAGCAUUUGCUACUGCGAGAACGGUGCUAUGCGUUGCAGCUCCACAGAGAUAACAUCGUUUCUUUCUGACCUUUUCUAUGAUGAUGACUUAGUCCCAUCCAGAGAGCGACGGUCAGCCCAGUGCCCUCCACCCCUUGUUCAUGCAGAGUGUAAUUCGGGUGAAAAGGGGCUGGAGUGUGCCAGGACCUGCCAGAAUCUGGACCUGCCAUGUGUCAGUCUUGCCUGCAUCCCUGGCUGCCUCUGUCCACAAGGCACAGUACGCCACCGCAGAGACUGCAUCACACCAGAGCAGUGUCCCUGUUACCAUAACAACAGGCCGUACGCAGCAGGACAGAGCAUCACCGUUGACUGCAACACCUGUGUGUGUGAAAACAGGAAGUGGCUCUGCACACAGAAACUGUGUGAUGGUGUGUGCCGCACUGUGGGGGAGGGGCAUUACAUCACAUUUGAUGGGCUCAAGUACUCCUUCCCUGGCCUAUGCCAGUAUGUCCUGGUCCAGGAUAUGUGUAACGCAGAAGAAGGCUCCUUCAGAGUGCUGGUGGAAAAUGAGGCAUGUGGAAUUGUAGGGCAUCGCUGUGCAAAAACUGUCACAAUCUUCUACCAGGGUGGCAUGAUUGUAAUGCAGGAUGGAGAGGUGAAGAUGAAGAGGCCUGUACUGCAGAAUUCCCAGGUGGAGAUUGUCAGAUCUGGUCAGUUUUACACUAUCAUGUUGGGGAAACACAUCUCCAUCAGCUGGGACAGAGGGACUCGCCUCCUUGUUCAUAUCUCAGCUUCCUACAGGGGUCGUCUUUGCGGUCUGUGUGGGAACUUUGACGGGAAUGUCAACAAUGAUUUGAUGAGCAGCAACAACCAGCUGGAGGUGGACGCCUCACACUUCGGCAACUCCUGGAAGGUCAUUCCCAGCUGUGCUGAUGUAAAUGAGGUGCCAGCUCCUUGCAGUGACAACAUUGCAAAGUUGGUUACAGUGGAGCAAUCAUGUCGUGUGAUUACUGGUCCCCUCUUCGAAGAAUGCAAGAGCCAGGUGGAUGCAGAGCCAUAUGUAGAGAUGUGUGUGGAGGCAGCAUGCUCGUGUUCAUCAGUGGGUGAUUGUUCAUGUUUCUGUGAUGUCAUUGCGGCUUACGCGCAGGCUUGCUCGGAGAAGGAUGUGUCUGUCAUGUGGAGAUCCAAUGAUCUUUGCCCUAUGAGCUGUGAAGAGCUGAACCCUAAGAUCCCAGGUACUGGGGAGGAGUUGUGCCAGUGGAGGUAUAACACCUGCGGACCUGCCUGUCCAGUCACUUGCCAGCACCCUGAUCCCCUCCACUGUUCACUGACGUGUGUGGAAGGAUGUCAUGCUUUCUGCCCACCAGGUCAACUUCUGGAUGAGGUGGAUAUGCGAUGCGUAGAUCCUUCUCACUGUCAGGUAUGUAUCCAUGAGGGUCAGAAGAUAUCCCACGGGAACAAGGUCAUCCUGAACCACAACGACCCAAUCCACUGCAAGAUUUGCCACUGUGAGAACAACACCCCCAGCUGUGAAGAUUGUACCUCCCUCAGCAUGUUUUCCACUCCCACACCAACACCAAGUUACGGCACUUUCACCACGCUACCUUUUACCACCCUGAUGCCCGCGGGCAUGUGUGAUCGUGCAAUGGAUCUGGCUUUCUUACUGGAUGGUUCACAAGCGCUGACUGAAGAUGAAUUUCUGGCUAGCAAGGAGUUUAUAUUUCGAGUGGUCGAACGUUUCCGUAUGGGCUCGGCUCACACUAGAGCCACAGUGCUGCUUUACCACUCUGGAGUUAAAACAUAUGAUCUGCAGGUUCAGAAAAGGCUGUUUAAGAAGAUUUUGCAUGACCUUCAUUACACUGGGGGACAUGCUGGCUUCUUGGAUGAAGCUGUCAAGUAUCUUGCCAUCAACAUCUAUGACAAGAACAAGCGUGAGCAUGCUGGUCGUGUAGCCAUUAUCCUGACCGCCAGUGGUAACCCUCGUCCUGUCCGUGCCAUGGUGAAGAUGCUGCGUAAGAAGGCCAUCACCACCUUAACAGUGGCGCUCGGUCCUGGUGUCAACAUGGGGCAGAUUAAUGACAUCACCAAGGCAAACCCGGAUAACAGGGCCUACGUGCUGAGCAGUACAGGGGAGCUGCCUGAUCGUCUUUUGGAAGUUACAGAUUACCUUUGCACCUUAGGGAUGGAGCCUGAGGUGCCGAAACCUCCAGGAUUAAAACCUACACCAGGUAGAGCCCGCAAGGUCUCACCUAUCACUUCCCCAGCUACUUAUGUGGAAACAAAACCAAGACUUCUACCCAGCACUCCUGCAUCCACUCCACCCUCUGGCCUUUCUCUCGUCACCACAGUACCACCGUACCACCCUCCAGCCACAGAAGUGACAUUCAUCAUAGAAGGCUCUGAUGCUGUUGGUGAGGCCAACUUUAACAAGUCUCUUAUCUUCGUGGAGGAAGUCAUCUCUCAGCUGACAGAAGAGGAAGAGUUUAUCCGCAUCACUGUGAUCCAAUACUCUGUAACAGUCACUGUGGAGAUCAAUCGCUGGGAGCUGAGGCAGCAGAGAGACCACCUCCUGCAAAGACUGCGAGAGAUUCGUUGGAGAGGGGGAAGCAAAACAAACACCGGAGAGGCCGUCACUAUGACUCUUCAGGAAAUGACUGCAAGCCAUCCUCCUCAAGGCCCCACCCCUCCUCAGCUCGUUUUUCUUGUGACUGAAAAUCCCCCUACUGAUACAGUAACACGUCCACCAACUACAAGCACCCAAACACGAGUGUAUCCAAUUGGUGUUGGACCAAAGGUGCAUGAAACAGACUUGGUACAAUUUAGCCAUCCUCAGCGUCCAAUGAUGGUGGAGGACUGUAACCAUCUGACAUCCCUGGUCCAUCGUGUUGUUAAUAUCACACAGACCACAGUCAGGCCCCGCUAUCCUACGCUGCCACCCCUCAUCAUCCCAACUCACUCCACUCUGCCACUAACAGUGCCAUGCAAGAAACCUGUUGAUGUUAUGUUCCUGUUAAAGGCCGGAGAACAGUUCGAGGACAUGAAGACAUUUGUGAAAACUUUCAUUAGUAAUGCUGAUAUAGGGCCGGCUGGCACUCAGGUGAGCCUAUUUCAGUACGGAGACACAAACACAGCUGAGUUCAUGUGGAACAAUCAUCAAAGCAAGUCAGGUCUUCUGAAGCUGGUGGAGAGCAUCCCAAGGAGGACCACUGGAGCUCCUGCUUUAGGUUCAGCCGUACGAUUUGCUGUGCAGGCGUCCAUCUCAUCUAUCAGCGGUGGAAGAGUGGGUGUCCCCAAGGUAGUGGUGGUGGUGGUGACAGAAAAAUCAACUGAUAAUGUUAAAGAGGCAGCUAAUGAGGCCCUGGCAGCAGGUGUGUCGGUGUUCCCCAUUGGGGUCGGACCGAACUAUGACAGUAAUGAGCUUAGUGAGCUAGGUCACUACGGCAACCAAGACAAUACUCUACAUCUAAACAACAUGGACCAGUUACGAAUGUUUUUAACCCUGGACAACAGCUACGCAGAGAGAAUCUGCAGAGCCGGUCCACCAGGAGUGUGUGUUGAUGAUAAAGGAAAUGAGAGAACGCCUGGUGAAACAUGGCUGCUGGAUGAUGGCUGCCACUCUCUCUUGUGCCAUCCCAGUGGAGCAGUGACGGUUCAGAAUCACAAAAUCAGCUGUGACAGACUGGAGCCGCCGGCAUGCAGAAACAACAUGCUCCCUGUCAGAGUGGAGGAGGCCUGCGGCUGCCGCUGGGAAUGUCCUUGCAUGUGUAUGGGCAGCUCCACCAACCAUGUUGUGAGGUUCGAUGAACUGCCUCUUAGGCUGGAUGGAGAGGGACUGUGCUCCUACACACUUCUUAUGGUCAGUAAAGGCAACAGAGAAGGCUCAGAGGUCAAGCUUCACACUGGGCCAUGUCAAGACUCAGCAAAAUACAGCCAGAUCUGCAUGACAGCCAUGGAGGUGACCCAUGGACCAUACACGCUGUUGCUGAAGGAUGACAUUACGGCCGUGAUUGAUCGAGAAGAGCUUGCCUUGCCUUGGCGAUAUGCUGGCCUGGAGGUGGUGCGCUACGGAGGAGUGAUGCUGCAGCUGAAAUCAGAUCAAGGCUACGUUUUGACUUUUACCCCUCAGAGCAAUGAGUUUACCAUCACAUUGCUCAGCUCGGAAACCAGUGGGCACACUGCUGGACUCUGCGGUGCAUGUGGGGAGGAGAAGGUUAAUGUCCUGUCUUUGCGUAAUGGCGACACAACCACCGACCAGCCGGCCUUCAUCUCAGACUGGACUGUGGUCCCAGAUGGUGGUGUGUGUUUGCCCAAACGGAAGGCAGUGUGCAUGUCUGGAGUGGCAAUGGGAUGUCAGGCCCUGCGAACUGAGGUGUUUGAAAAAUGCCACGCCUAUAUUGCUGUCCAGGUUUUCCUUGUCAAGUGCGAGGAGCAAGCGUGUGACGAAUCAGAUGUUUGUGAGUUGAUAUCGGCCUAUGCACGACUCUGUAGACAAAGGGGUGUGUGUGUGGACUGGAGGAGCCCCCAUCUGUGCCCUCUGCAUUGUCCAAACUCCAUGGAAUAUGAUGCAUGUCGGACAGGGUGCGUGGAGGACUGUGGCAGCAUACAGGCAUUGCCAGGCGACUGGUCGGUUACUGGGCGUAACGUGUCAUCAUGUAUGGAAACACCUACUGAAGGCUGUUUCUGCACUGGAGGGAUGGUUUUGUAUCAUGGAAGAUGCGUCUCCCCUGAGUCAUGUGGACAGUGUGUGGAUCAACAGGGACACACACAUGAGUAUAUGCAGAGUUGGGUACCAGAUGACAAUCCAUGUUUGAUUUGCAUGUGUUUGGACCAACAACGCAUCAACUGCACAGUCAGACCCUGCAAUGACAUCAAAGCUCCAGUGUGUGGACCCUGCGAGAUUCUGCAGGAGAAGAAGGAAUCCAAGUGCUGCCCAGAGUAUGAAUGUGUGUGUAAUCUGGUGGGCUGUGAUCUGCCUGAUGUCCCCCGCUGUGAGGAUGGUGAGACUGUGGUGCUGAAAAACCCUGGCGAAUGCCAGCCUGUUCACGAAUGUGUGUGCAAAAAGGAAGAGUGUUCCCAGCAAGCCCACCCUAAAUGUCCAGCCCACCGCCAUAUGUCUGUGAAAAAGACAAAGUGCUGUGAUUUCUUUGAAUGUACAUGUAACUGCCAGAACUCCACCCACACCUGCCCCAUUGGGUUUAUCACGUCGUUCUUUACCAACGACUGCGGCUGCACAGAAACCCUCUGCCAGCCUGAUCAGGUGUGUGUGGUUGGUGGAGUGGUUCACCCAGUGGGCAGCGAGUGGGAGGAUGGAUGCGAGAAGUGUCGAUGCACAGAGCUGCAGGACAGAAGCACAUCACUCCAUGUUGCCCAGUGUAACCCACCUGUCUGCGAACGGAACUGUCCUCUGGGCUCAACAUAUACUCAAAGAAAAGGGAAUUGCUGUGGAGAAUGUACACCAAUCAGCUGUCUAGAGACUGAGGAAGAGAUGCGAGGGGAUGUGCUCACUGGAGGAAAGCUCAGACAGGUGGGAGAGAAGUGGCUGUCCGCACAUGAUAAAUGUGUCGAACAUGAGUGUAAGAAAGUGAAAGACGAGGUGUUUAUCUCCACAACAAAUGUGAGCUGUGCCAGUAUGGAGACUCCAAACUGCCCGCUGGGAAGUGAGCUUCGCUGUGACACUCAAGACUGCUGCCCCCGCUGCCACUGCGUGUCGAUGGAUGUCUGUGUUCUCAAUCACACUGUGAUAGGGGCAGGCGAGAGAGUGAUGGUGGAUGUGUGCACACACUGUGAGUGCACAGUGGAGAACGGAGCAGUGAAUAAAUACAAACUAUUGUGCAAGCGAACCAGCUGUCCAUCAUGCCCCCGGGGAUACACAGUGCAGAAGGAGGGAGACAGUUGCUGUGGUCGCUGUGUUGCCACUGCCUGCUUCAUACAGACGCCAGAUGGAAAACUCACCAGUGUGCAAGUCAACUCAACCCUUGAGGAUGGCUGUUACAUGUAUACUUGUGGUGUGAACAGCAGGGGAGACCUUGUCCUGGAGACCAAAGUGACCACCUGCCCUCCUUUUAACCGUAAAGCCUGCCUAGAUCAAGAGGGCAAAAUUAGCCGAAUUGGAAAAACCUGCUGUGAGACUUGUACUGAGCCGGAGUGCCGCAGGACGGCGGGAAUGCUCAACUACAUUAAAGUGGAUGACUGCCAAUCAGAGCAACAGAUUGAGCUGCACUACUGUGAGGGCAAAUGUCGCAGCAAAUCUAUGUACUCCCUGCAGAGCGCUGCUGUAGAGCAGGACUGUGUGUGUUGUGCUGCUUUGAAGACAGAACCUCUCAGCGUGCCCGUCCUGUGUGCCAACGGCACACGCAACCACCACACUGUCCAGUCCGUAACUACAUGCGACUGUGUGUCCAAACACUGCAACUAGAGAGACAAUAACAGUUUUCUAAAUGUAGAUGCUUUGUGUGUAACCAAGCGAAAUAUAGCCAUCCAGCCAGAAAAAUACUAAUAAAACAAACCUUACAGUUUCUGCAA